AUGUCUGUAGCCAAUCGUUUGAGGCGUUUGAGAAAACAACCUCCAGAAGGUUGGGAUCUAAUCGAACCAACGUUAGAUGAAUUCGAGGCGAAGAUGCGUGAAGCCGAAACAGAUCCACAUGAAGGAAAGCGAAGAACUGAAACACUUUGGCCUAUUUUCAAAAUACAUCACCAGAGGUCUCGUUAUAUAUAUGAUCUAUAUUAUAAACGACAAGUAAUAAGUAGAGAGCUAUAUCAAUUUUGCCUCGAUACGAAGUUGGCCGAUGACAAACUUAUUGCUAAGUGGAAGAAACAAGGAUAUGAAAAUUUAUGUUGUUUAAGAUGUAUCCAAACGCGUGACACAAAUUUUGGUACGAAUUGUAUUUGCAGAGUCCCAAAAAGCAAAUUAGAUGCGGGUCGUGUGAUAGAAUGUGUACAUUGUGGGUGCCGUGGAUGUUCUGGAUAA